ACUUUCUGCAUAAUAUUAGCUCAGCUUCUGUAUACUUGGUGUUGAAAAAGAUGGAAGCUAUCAGAAUCUCGAGAGAUAUUCUUGCAUUUGAGGGAAUAAAGAACCUGAUGCUGGUAUGUAAGAAGUAUUAAAAAGACACUGUGUAGGAGAUAUUAACUGUAACAUUUAAAAGAUAUGAGAACGUUGUUAUAUACCAAGCAGAGGUGUCGAAGAUAUGCAUACUGCGGAUUUGCACUCCUUCUUGUGGUUUCUACGAUUGCGUCUUUAGUAAGGGAUGAGAUGAAAGAAGAGUCGUUUACUGUCUACCGAACGAGAGGUCUAUUGCAAGUUGGGAACGAGGUUGUGCGAAGGAGUUCAGUUGAAAGCACGAAAGUUAAAGAAAAUACUACAUUUUCGCAAUCAAAAAACAAAAUUAAUGAAACAGAAAACGAAGUACCAAAUAAAUUUACAAAUAACACAAUCUUUGAUGAUGUUUCCAUCAGCGACGAAAAUAAAACAUGCGAACUACCUUCCGUGGCGGAAUUUCCUGCUGACUUAUUUAAUGCGAGGCAACGGAAACAUGGCGCCAUUGUUGUACAUUUACUAAUCGCACUGUACAUGUUUGUUGGUCUUGCGAUCGUGUGUGAUUACUAUUUCGUUUCGUCCUUGGAAGUCAUAUGCUAUAAAUUAAAAAUACAAGCGGAUGUGGCGGGCGCAUCUCUCAUGGCAAUUGGCAGCUCAGCGCCCGAGCUCUUUGCUUCUUUAAUAGGAGUGUUUAUCACAAAAGGAGAUAUUGGAAUUGGGACCAUCCUAGGUUCGGCUGUCUUUAAUGUUUUAUUUGUUUUGGGUAUAUGUGCCCUUGUUAGUUCAAAGAAACUGAAUUUAGCAUGGUAUCCUGCCACAAGAGAUACAAUGUGUUACUCCCUCACGCUUAUAUGCUUAGCUAUUGUUAUCUUUGAUGGAUUCGUUACUUGGAAGGAAGCAGCGGCAAUGUUGAUACUGUAUACAGGUUAUCUGGUUCUCAUGUGGUUCAACGAACGUAUCGAGAAGAGUUUCUACUUUUAUAUUGGUGACAAAGAAGCCCUAACUAAAAGAUUUCAAAAUGUUAAAUUAGUGACCCCUGAACCUGAGCCAGACGAUGAGACGGACUCGGUGGCCGCAGAGAAGAAUCAGCAACAAUUGCGAGGAAAGAUAUUUUAUUGCGAAAGCGACGAUGAAAGCGAUUCAGAAGAAAACGUUUUCCCAACAGACAAUCCAAUAGAAUUGUGCGACAUCCCCGAUAAAGCUACCGACAAAAUAAGAUGGUUCUUCACUUUACCAAUAAAUGCAAUAUUCUUUAUAACUAUACCCGACAUUCGCCGUCGUCGUUUCCGUGGUUACGUUACGCUGACGUUUGUCAUGUCGAUAUUAUGGAUUGGUUUUUUAACGUAUGUACUUGUUUGGAUGGUGACAAUUGUUGGGUUUACCAUCAAUAUUCCCGACACCGUCAUGGGUUUGACGCUUAUAGCUUUCGGUAGCAGCGUGCCGGAUGCUUUGUCUAGUAUUUAUGUCGCGAAACAAGGCAAAGGCGACAUGGCCGUGGCUCAAGCACUUGGUAGUAAUGUAUUUGAUAUCUUAUUUGGUCUUGGGUUACCAUGGUUAAUAAAAACUCUAAUAUUUGACUUGGACUCCACGAUAGAAGUUCAAAGUGUCGGCAUGUUAAUUUCCUGUUUUAUCAUAUUUGUUUUAAUGUUAUCCACCCUGGGUGCACUGUAUUAUGAAAAUUUCUGUCUUAGUAGAAGACUCGGGUGGCUAUUUUUAGCGACGUACGCAAUAUUUUUAAUUAUAUCUGUUGUGUUAGAAUUGUAUAUAUGGAGUGCUUACCAUUUUCCUACAUGUAAAAUAUAAUAAUUGAUAAAAAAAAUAAAAAAAAAUAAUGUAAAUAAUAAAUAUAAAGAAAAUUCUAAUUUAUUAAAAAUUAUUGGAAACAAAAGUUGCCUAUCUCCAUUUACGCGAGU